AUGGCCCGUCGAGCUGCCGGACAAUUAAUCAAAAGAGUGCUCAUGGUCCCACCCGAGCAUUUUACGGUUGAGUAUUCCAUCAACCCGUGGAUGGGAGGCACAGUAGAUAAGGCGAAAGCUCAUCAACAAUGGAAUGAUCUCAAGAAAGCCAUUGAAAAGGAAGGAGUACAGGUAUCGACAUUAUCGCAAACAAAGGGAUUGCCCGAUCAAGUUUUUGUCUGCAACAGUGGCCUUGUUUUGGGUGAUCGAGUCUAUCUCAGUCGAUUCCGUCAUAAAGAGAGGACCGGCGAACAAGCGCAUUAUUUGCAAUGGUUCAAGGAGAAUGGCUUCAAACCGAUUGGAGAGGAUUACGGCGAAUAUUUUGAGGGUGGAGGUGAUGCUGUUUUCUCGGAUUACAAGACGUUAUGGGCCGGAUAUGGUGCUCGGAGCAGCAAAGGGGUAUACGACUCCGUGAAAUCUUUGGGAGAUUUUGAGGUUGUUAUCUGCGAUCUUAUUGACCCAAAAUUCUAUCACUUGGACACGUGUUUUGCGCCCGUCGAUGAAACAACGGCUCUUUGGUAUCCACCGGCAUUCAGUGAGAAUACGAAGAAAGAGAUCCUUCGACGUUUACCUCAUUCGAUUGCUGUUUCACAAGAAGAAGCAACUGCAUUUGUUUGCAAUGCAAUCACGAUUAGGAACACGGUAAUUUCUCCAAUUGGUGUUUCGACUGCAACUCGCGCUGCUUUGAAAGCACGUGGAUUUGGUGUUACUGAGGUUGACAUGAGCGAAUUCAUGAAGAGUGGUGGUGCUUGUCAGUGUCUCAUCUUGCGACUU